AUGGCCAUUGCAUUUGCAAAAGCCAAAUUCUAUCGGCCAGCAGGCCCCGUGUCUAUCCGUAGUCGACCAAGGGAAGCUCCCUGGUCACCACAUGUAGAACAUUACCAUAUGCAGGAUAUUACCAUAUGCAGGAUAUUACCAUAUGCAGGAUAUUACCAUAUGCAGGAUAUUACCAUAUGCAGGAUAUGGCCACAGGCAGGAUACCAUAGUACCACAUGUAGAACCUUGAUCCGUACCAUGUUGUGGCACCUAGAUUACCGCCAACUCAAGCAGCCGUGCAAAGGAGCCGGCAUUGAGAUCGGCCCGAAGAAGGCUUCGCAGUGGUAUCGGAUCAGGGUUUUGCCAUCUUGGGCUAACUUACACCAGAACCCCCUCAUCUACAACAAUCCAAACGGUAUCUCUUUUUCGUCGUCAAUCUCUGCAAUCCUUGUCACUUUUCUCGAGCAAAGCGAGUGGAAUAGUGGGCGACUUCCGGUCAGCUACCGUACCGUUGGGAUGAUAUCAGCCAUGGAGGUACUUUCAGUAUAA